AUGACGCUUGCCGACGGCGUCCACCCCGCCGCCGGGCCACCGCGCCCCGGAGCCUCUCGCCGGCAGAAUGGGCGCAGUCUGAGCCUGUCGAUGCCGUGGCGCCGUCCCAGAGCCUCGCCUCUCCCCCCUGCCGACUCGUCCGCGUGCGACGACGCGGCCGUCGACGGCGCCGACGAUGGACACGACAACGGCGGGAGGAGGCUGAAGGGCCUCUUCCGCCGCGUCUCCGUGUCCUUCAAGGGCAUGGUUCACCGGCCGUCGGCCCGAACGUCGGCGCCGACGGCCGACGGCGCCGACGGCCGUCCGCAGUCCCCGCAUGCGACUUGGAGCCGGCUGCGUGAGGCGGCCGAGUUCCGCCAUCUGCGAACCUUUGACGACGCCGACGAGGUCUCGUCCACGCCGGCACGCGCCGUGCGGCAGGCGCGCCCGUGCUCCACCUCGAUGCUUGCCGACGAGCCAUCCGACGUGCCGACGCACGCCGGGGCCGCCGCCAAGGCCUCGGCCCUUGUCCAGAACGACGUCCUGCUGAGGCAGAGCCUGCAGCGCAAGUGGCUGCAGAGCCCGUCGGCCGAGGACGGCAACGAUCGCGAGAGCGGCAUCGGCAUCGCCGUCAACCUCCCCAGCGUCGAGGUGGACGACGUCGACGGGCCCGGCGCCGUGCCGCCGCAGGACGUCAACAUCAGCAGGCUCGACUUCAUCUCCCUGCUCCCCGCCGAGCUCGCCAUCCAGAUCAUGGCCUUUCUCGGCGCCACGGCCCUCGUCAAGGCGAGCGCCGUCUGCCGCAGCUGGAACCGCAUCAGCCGGAGCCAGCACAUCUGGAGGGAGUCGUGCCUCCGGCAGAUGGCCGGCACCUUUGCCACGGGCGGCCCCGUCGUCGCCGGCACGGGCCUCGGCAUCCCGCCCGUCAUGCCCAGCAACGACUGGCGGCGGAUCUACCAGGCCCGCUACGCGCUGGCGCAGCGGUGGAAGGGCGGAAAGGCCCGGCCCGUUUACCUGAGCGGCCACCUCGACAGCAUCUACUGUCUCCAGUUCGACGAGCACAAGAUCAUCUCGGGCUCGCGCGACAAGACGAUCCGGGUCUGGGACAUGCACACGCUCGAUUGCCGCCUCGUCAUCGGCCCGCCCGACGUCAUCGCGGCCGAGAACCUGCUCCGGGACGAGGACGGCAAGGCGAGCCACUACGCCAUGGGCGCCGAGAACGUGCGCGAGUCGGAGUCGACGCCGAGCGCCAUCUCCUUCCCCGACUAUCACAACGCCUCGAUCCUCUGCCUGCAGUACGACGACGAGAUGCUCGUGACGGGGUCCUCGGACGCGACGUGCAUCGUCUACAACGUCAAGACGGGCUACCGGCCCGUCCGCCGGCUGCGCCACCACACGGCGGCGGUGCUCGACCUCGCCUUCGACAAGAAGCACAUCGUCACGUGCAGCAAGGACAUCAGCAUCUGCGUCUGGGACCGGGCGACGGGCGCCCUCGUCCGCCAGCUCCGCGGCCACACGGGCCCCGUCAACGCGGUCCAGAUGCGCGGCAACACCAUCGUCUCCUGCUCGGGCGACUUCCGCGUCAAGCUGUGGAACAUCGACACGGGCAAGAACAUCCGCGAGUUCGUCGGCCACACCAAGGGCCUCGCCUGCUCGCAGUUCUCCGACGACGGCCGCUACGUCGCCUCGGCCGGCAACGACAAGGUGAUCCGCAUCUGGGACGCCAACACGGGCGAGUGCGUGCGCGAGAUGCGCGCGCACGACAACCUCGUCCGCAGCCUGCACAUCGACAGCGUCAGCGGCCGCCUCGUCAGCGGCAGCUACGACUCGGACAUCAAGGUCUGGGACAUGGAGACGGGCCACCAGCUGCUCGACUUUCCGCGCUGGCACGCGAGCUGGGUGCUGAGCGCCAAGAGCGACUACCGACGCAUCGUCAGCACGGGGCAGGACCCCAAGAUCCUCAUCAUGGACUUUGGCGCCGACGUCGAGGGCAUCGAGUCGCUCGAGAGCGCCAACGGCUCGAGGGGCUUCCUCUGA